AUGGCAGCAGCAGCAGCUGAAGUCGCAGAAGCAGCAGCAGCAGCACCUGAAGCAGCGGGAGCCAGAGCAGCAACGAAGCGGCAGCAGCAGCAGCUACAACAGCAGCAGCAGGAACUAAAGCAGCAGCAGCUACAGCAGCAGCAGCAGCACUUAAUUUGUCCACAGAAAGCUCGAGCGGGGAAGGUGUCUCCUUGGAGCUGCGGCGGAACACCUCAGCAGCAGCAGCAGCAGCAGCAGCAAACUCUCCUGCUGCAGCAGCAGCAGCAGCACACAGACAAGGCUCUUCUAAAAGCCCCGAGGGACAAUCGGAGACAGGAUCUUUGCAGCAUUUCUUUCAGGGACUUAUGGCAAAGACUGCAGCAGCAGCAGCAACAGCAGCUGCGGCAGCAGCUGCAGCAGCAGCAACAGCAGCAGCAGCAGCAGCAACAGCAGCUGCGGCAGCAGCUGCAGCAGCAGCAACAGCAGCUGCAGCAGCAGCAACAGCAGCUGCAGCAGCAGCUGCAGCAGCAGCAGCAACAGCAGCUGCGGCAGCAGCUGCAGCAGCAGCAGCAGCAACAGCAGCUGCGGCAGCAGCUGCAGCAGCAGCAGCAACAACAGCAGCUGCGGCAGCAGCUGCAGCAGCAGCAGCAGCAACAGCAGCUGCGGCAGCAGCUGCAGCAGCAGCAGCAGCAACAGCAGCUGCGGCAGCAGCUGCAGCAGCAGCAGCAGCAACAGCAGCUGCGGCAUCAGCUGCAGCCGCAGCAGCAGCAGGUGCACCGCAUGAGUGAAAAGGACUUGUUUUAUUCGUGGCAGAAUCCGUAG